AUGACUCUGUCCGACACUCUGGAUGUUCAGGAGGAUGGGAAGCAAAGAUUACCUUCUUCGUCGUCAGAGAUAAAGAGCUCAGAUGCAGAAAGAAGAUCAAUUUUGAAAACACCGACAGUUACUAGUGAAACGGGCGAAUACCCAAGUAUUCAGUACGACACAUAUCUGCCUCCUGACGUCCAGACAGAGCUAGAAGAAGCACUGAAGGAUAAUCCAGAGGGGUAUUCGCAGGACCCUGACAGCAUUCACAUUGAAGUGGUGGAAGAUGCGCCCGUGGAAACAAAUAAUCCUGGCCACGAAGCUCCUCUUGGCAGCUUGAGCGAGCUGGCAGAUGCGCACGAUGAUGUUUUUGAUGAAAGCGAAGAAGUCAAGGAUGAAAUAAAAAUUGAGCAAAAGAAGUCGCUAGAAGAAAUAAUAUCGGCAAAGGAGAAGCGGAGGCGAAAUUUACGAUUCAUCGGAAUCAGUAUUUUCGGAAUUAUCGUCGUCUUAGCUUCGAUCGUUUCCGGGGUUUUACUCGGUCGUCAAGGAUGUUUGGAAAUCACUUCGAUGAGCAAUCCUAUCAUCCAGCUUCGAAAUGGUCUCCAGCUGAUCGGCAAGCAGCACGAAAAAUACGAAAAUGUUUUUGCUUUUUACAGUGUGCCUUACGCGAUGCCUCCAACUGGGGAUGGUCGCUUCAAACCCCCUUCUCAAAUUCCUUACGUCCAGUGGUUCGAUCUUCACAUUGUUUGGAACGCUACACAAUUCAUCCAUACUUGCUUCCAGCCGAAAAUGUCUGAGGACGCUCUUGACUACUUGGAAAGUGAGAGCUGUCUAUUCGUCAAUAUCUUUACACCGGCAAUGCUGAGCGAUGGAACUUCAAACGAAAGCACUGCCAAAAGAAAAUAUCCAGUUCUUAUCGACCUCCACGGCGGGGGAUUCAUGUCCGGCUCAAGCAUGAACAACAAUGGGGCUCAUCUGGCUAACAAACAUCAAAUGGUAGUGGUUCACGCAAACUAUCGCUUGGCAGAAUUCGGCUAUUGGUACUCUGAUAAUGAGCCGGACGCAGCAAAUGCGGGAUUUCUGGAUCAACAAUUGGCUAUUGAGUGGGUACAUCAACAAAUUGAUGCAUUUGGUGGAGAUCGUGAAAGAAUAACUCUCCUCGGAUGCUCUUCCGGUGGCCAAUCUGUGCUGGAUCAUUUAUAUAACGAGCGAUCUUCAAAAGCCUUUUCACAAGCAAUCGUUCUUUCCGCGCCUUCUGGAAUUCCCUAUCUCAAGAAAGCGCAAGCGAAUUCGCAGUACUCCGUUAUUGCCGCUAACGUGUCCUGCUGCAAUAAUGGGAGAACGCUAAGUUCGGAGCUGAAUAUCACAUCAGAGUACGAUCGAUGUUUAAAUUUUCCGACGGAUACAAGUGGUCAGAAUAUGACGUGUCUCCGGCGGAAAAGUCCAUACGUACUUCGAGACGCAUCGUUCACUGCUUCCACGAUUCUAGGAGGACUUCUUCAUUCACUGCGUCAAUCAAUCUUUGAGCCGUUUCUUCCGGUUUUGCACAGUGAGACGAUCAGGGAUAAUUCAUACACACUUCUCAAAAACGAAGAAUUUCCAUCAAAGAAGAGCGUUAUCUUCGAAGUAACAGCGGAAGAAUCUCAACCCUUCCUCAACAAAUUCGUGCAUGAAAUUUUCCCAUCUGACAAUUUGACACUUUUGGCGGAACUAUGGCCCGAGCGAAUUCUUAGAAGUUAUUUCGACGACAAUUGGGCGGCUGUUGCUGAUAUCUAUAGCAAACACUGUGGUUACGGUUCUGUCUCGGAGAAAAGUGCGUGUUCGUUAAUGGAUCAGGCAAAACAAUUUUACACGGACUAUUUGUUCACUUGCAACCAAAGGUCUUUUAUGAACCAAUUGGCUUCGCGUAACAAUCCAAAGUUGACGUACAGUGUCUUUUUCGACCAGCCUCUUCCAGCCGGAGCGUCAUCUUCCUCGACCGAUUCUUUCUGCGAAAAAGAAACUUGCCAUUGCAGCGGAAACUGGUGGCUGUUUUCAAAAAACAUAGACGAGUCGUGUGAUCUGACGCAAGAGCAGAUCAAGAUUCAAAAAUCGUAUCAGAAUUUGUAUGCAAAUUUCAUACACACAGGAAAUCCAAAUUCCUACAUUGAGAAUCUUAACGAGCAGCUUGAUCACGAGGCAAUGUUAGAUUGGCAGCGCUCAAAGAGCUGGUUCUAUAUUGGAAAACAAGGAAUAAAACAGACCGACUGGAACCUGCCAGGAUCAAAUUCACAAUUGAAGAGCCGAUGUGAUCUUCUUGACUCGUUAGAUAAAUACCUUCAAUUUUAA